AUGUACCGAAUUUCAUAUGUAGAUGAUACCAACUCAAAUGGAACAUUUGACACUGAGCAAUUCACAUUUGAGACAUCAGACGAGGGCAUAACCAUAGUGAAAGAUUUAAUCUUUGGUUGUAGUACAAGCCACAAAAUUCAUGGUGACCAUGGACGACCAGUAGGACGGUUUGGACUUGCUAGUCAAACACCUACCAUAUAUAUUUCUAAUAAAUUUGGCUUUAGAUUUUCGUAUUGCAUUGGCAAUAUAUCUAAUCUAGAAUAUAGCCAUAACAAAUUAAUAUUAGGCGACGAUAUUGUACUUGAAGGCGAUUCAACCCCUCUCAAUUUCAAUAAAGGGUUGAUAUAUUAUGUUACUCUUAAAGGGAUUAGUGUUGAUGACAAAAUGCUUGAUAUAGACCGUAAUACAUUCAAGAAUGAUAGUGAUGAAAGUCAAGUAACAAUCGACUCUAGUACUACAGAGACUUGGUUAGUCACAAAGGCAUAUCAAAUUCUUCAGGAAGAAAUCGAGCAUCACCUCGAAGGGUUCUCAGUCACAAAGUCUCGAACAGUACAGAAAUGGCAAUUGUGCUACUAUGGAUCUUCAAGGAUUUCCAGUGGCUUCCACAACUUGAAUGUGAUAGGACUUCAAGCUCAACAAUUUCAUAACGCAGCUUUUGAUGUUGUGGGGGAUAAGUUGUAUUUUCUGAGAAUUGAUUGUGAUCUUCUUGAAAAUUAA